AUGAUUCGUGAGGCUCAGACAAAUAAAAAACAAUUUCUUUUGUUUGUCUAUGGCCAUGGUGGUACAGGAAAAACCUUCUUGUGGACAACUAUACUCACAUACUUUCGGUCUAUUGGAAAAAUAGUUCUCGCUGUCGCAACAUCCGACAUUGCAUCGUUUUUGUUGCCUUUCGGGAGGACAACUCACUCGCGAUUCAACAUCCCUCAUGAUUUGCCGGCUUCAUCCAUCUGCAAUAUCAGAAAGAAUACACAACUUGGAGAUCUUCUUCAACAAACUUCGUUUAUUAUAUGGGACGAAGCACCCAUGAGUGACAAACGUUGUUUCGAAUGUCUUGAUAGAACACUAAAAUACAUUCUCAACAACAAGGAUCUCCCUUUCGGUGGCAUGUCAAUGCUGUUAGGAGGAGACUUCCGACAAACCUUACCUGUAAAGCUGAAAACCACUGUCUCUGAAAUCAUUUCUUCCACAUCGCCCAAUUCAUAUAUGUGGCCUUACUUCACAGUCUGCAAAUUGUUGCUUAACAUGCUACUUUCAACCAUCGAUAGCCUGCCUUCAUCAUCAACUUCGGCUGCCAACUUUGCUUCCUGGUUAUUAGAUAUUGGAAACGGAAAGCUUGGGGAGCCUGAUGCAGCUGAUCCCAUUCACACAAGCAUCAUUGACAUACCAGACCCUCUACUUAUCAGUAGUGGUGAAAACAGUUUGCACUCGCUAAUACGGUUUGUUUAUGAUGUUGAAGUGCUUGUAAAACCAUCCACAUCAAACUUGUCCUCCAGGGCAAUUGUUUGUCCGAAAAAUGAUAUUGCUUCAGAAAUAAACUCCUUGGUUAUGAAAAUGGCAAAUGGAAAUAGUAUCACCUACUUAAGCACAAAUUCAAUGACACCUCACACACACAGGAUUUCAGACAUAGAUCUUUUAUACCCACAAGAAUAUCUACAUCGGUUAACAUUUUCUAGCUUUCCAUUACAUGAGUUAACUUUGAAACCGAACACGCCUGUUAUGCUAUUAAAAAACAUUAAUCAAGGACUCAGUCUAUGUAAUGGUACACGUUUAAUUGUGUCGCAGUUACUGCCAACUGUUAUACAGGCCUCCAUUAUUACUGGAACUUCCGUAGGGAAUCGAGUGUACAUACCGAGAAUAAAAUUUGUUCAUAACAGUCCUGAUUUACCUUUUGUUUUUACUAGAAAACAAUUCCCUGUAAAAGUUUGUUAUGCAAUGACUAUCAAUAAAAGUCAAGGACAAUCCCUAAAAACAAUUGGAAUUACCUACCACACCCUGUUUUCACACAUGGGCAUCUGUAUGUUGCUCUAUCUAGAGCAACGUCACCAGACUCUAUCAAAAUUUUGA